UGUCCAGUUGACUUCGGAACUGCGAGCAGACGGACUGCAGUCACGCUUUUCUCUGCACACCAGAUCCGGCUUCACAACGCAAGUGUGUUCAGGGAAAAGCCGGUGAGAUCAGAGGUCCAAAGUGCAGCUCCAGAGUCGCUGAUCUGUUUCUUUUAAGGUGAAUCAUGAGCAGAAGCUACCAUGUCUCCCUGGCUGGCCCGGCCCCCUGGGGCUUCAGACUGCAAGGAGGGAAGGAUUUCUGUAUGCCCCUCACCAUCUCACGGCUGACCGAUGAAGGCAAAGCAGCCAGAGCCAAGAUGAGUGUUGGAGACGUCAUUCUGUCCAUCAAUGGCAUUUCCACAGAUGGCACAAAUCACCUCGAGGCCCAGAACAAGAUUAAGGCCUGCACAGGCAAUCUCAGCCUCACUCUACAGAGACCCUCCAGUGCCCCUAAAGAUGGAGUACCUAAGGACGAACCUCAAGAAAUCAUUAAGCCCGUCCCAAUCACUCACCCUGCCACGAGCACUGCAUACACCAAGCCGUCAAGUCAGCCCGGUGCUGCGUACAACAAGACCGCCCGGCCUUUCGGGGGGGACAGCGGCGUGAUCACAGCUUCCUCCCCGGCUGCCCCCACCAUUCCCUCACAGUCCUCCGCUUUCAAGCCCGCUGGCCCCUCUCAGCCACCGCAGCCUCCGUUUCUGCUGAAGUCGAGCCUUCCCGCCACGGACUCCCCUCCCGCCAACUCGGUUCCCAGGCCCGGCCCCGCUCGCCACACCUUCACGUCCCCGUCUGCAUCUUCCUCCUCAUCUAACUCCUCUUCUCCAGCUCGAGUGACAGCCCCCUCCUCCCAUCCUAAUGUCCCACAGCCCUCCGUCUAUAACACACCGAUCAACCUCUACUCCAACACCAAUGCUUGCGAGGCGAUCAUUGGGCAGAGGCGCGGCCUUUUGCAAAGCCAGGGGCUGUCGGAGCCCUUCAAUGGGAAACCCAGUGUGGUGCUCGAGGAUCACGCGUCCCCACUGAGCGAUGCCAGUAAGAAGCGUCUGAUUGAGGACACAGAGGACUGGAACUCGCGAACCGGCACCUCCCAGUCCCGCUCCUUCCGUAUCCUGGCUCAGCUCACCGGCACUGAAAAUGAGCCCGCUCCAGAGAACAGUGGAAAGAGUUUGGCAGUUGACAAAGCCCCCCCUCCUGCCCUGCACACCUCGCCUGCAGCCAAAAUAUUUUCCAAAUCUGCAGCAUCACCCAGGAACGGCAACAUCAUCCCCACUUCCACGUUCAAGAGCCCAGUGGCCCAGAGCAAGCCUUCCUUCCAGCCCGGAGGUCCACCAGGUUUCCCGAAGGGUGGAGCAGCUCCUUCAUUCGGCAAGGUCACCAACCUUCCCAGAGCUCCAGAUCGGCCCACCCCGCAGCCACAUCCACAGGACCUCAACUGUGUGGUGCAGCGGGCGGAGCACAUCCCAGCCGGGACUCGCACCCCAAUGUGCAACAAGUGCAACAAUGUCAUCAGGGGCCCGUUCCUCGUGGCCAUGGGCAUGUCGUGGCACCCCGAGGAAUUCAACUGUGCUCACUGCCACUCCUCGCUGGCAGAGAACGGCUUCGUGGAGGAGAGAGGCCAAGUGUACUGCGAGCAUUGCUACGAGCAGUUCUUCGCUCCCACCUGCGCCCGCUGCCAGCAGAAGAUUCUGGGGGAAGUCAUGAAUGCCCUGAAACAGACCUGGCAUGUGUCCUGCUUCGUCUGUGUUGGCUGCCAACAACCAAUCAGAGGCAACACAUUUCACAUGGAGGAUGGACAGCCAUACUGUGAAAUAGACUACUACAAGAUGUUCGGGUCCAGUUGCCACGGCUGUGACUUCCCCAUCGAGGCAGGGGACAAGUUCCUGGACGCUCUGGGAUCCACCUGGCACGAUACCUGCUUUGUGUGUGCGGUCUGCUCCACUAGUCUGGAAGGUCAGACGUUCUUCUCCAAAAAAGACAAGCCGUUGUGCAAGAAACAUGCCCACACUGUCGCCAUCUGACCUGCCUCUCAUCAACAUACUGGGCCUUUACAGCAAUUCAUAUUUCAGUCAGAUAUUUUCAGAACUAACAUUGGGUCAGAGGUUCCACUAUACACUUUUUUUUUGCUCUUAUAUUGUUAUGUCAUUUCAGUUUGAAUAUGUUUCAAUACACUGUUGGGCCUUUGCCAGUUGACAUGUGUGUGCUGAAGCUUUGUUGAGCUCUUUAUGGGCAUUUGUGUCUCACACAGAGUAGGAUAGUUUAUUGCAAUGACCUACUGAGCCCCUCCAGGGUCACAUUUUAUAAAUAGAUAUUGAUGGGUUAUGCUAAUAGAUAGAUUGAAGGGUUUAGAAUUUAUGAUUAUUUAACAUUAAGGGGGUACAUUAUUUAUUUGUAAGCAAGGAUUGCGCAGUCAAGCAAAAGACUUCUGGCCUUCAGCAUAAAAAUAGCUAAUUUUAAUAUUAUGAUGUUCUUUUUUUAUUGUUAGAAAUGUGUGUGGUGUGUAACUAUUCCUAGUAAAAGAAAAACAAAAAACCAAUGUGUACAGCAGUGUGAAAAUUACACACUUUACAUGUCAAGUUUCAUUGUUAAAACUGCAUAAAAUGAUAAAGUCCGGUCAUUAUGGAGACAACCCCUCUAUAGAUUGAAUGGUGUUGUUUAUGAUUUGUUAUCCUUAUAGUUCAGGGCCAUCAUAUGUCCAGGGAAUACCACCAAACAACUUUACUUCAUUAAACUUGCUGUGGAGGAAGUGAACCCUCCGCUGUGGCAGUAUUGAUGCUGUUUUCUACCCACCAGCAUGUUGACUUUGUUGAUCAUGUUUUUCUGAUGUGUGAUAGAAUUUGUCCAAUUAACACAAAACUAUGCUAAUAUAUAUUUCAGCUUUUCUUUGUCAAAAACAUAAUGUGCAUGUAGUUGUAUAAUGGAUCUUUCAUUGGACAUAAAUAAAGCACCUCUCCCUCCCA